AUGAGAACUGGAGAAGUAGAGCGACUGAACAACCAGUCGGUCAAGGCCAUGGUUGUCUCCGCCCUAGCUGGCCUCAUCGCCGGAGCGUUCACGGUGGCCAUCAGCGAGUAUGCCGCCGCGUCUUCCCAAGUCGACAUCCAGUUCGCACAGAUGGAGACAGCGAGGCGGUACGCCGACGCUGAAAUGUUGACGGUGAAGGAGAAGCACAAGCUGCUCAGCCCUUUACAGGCGGCUGGCGUUCGGCAUCAGUGCAGUAGCAGCGCAUUCAUCAAGCAACGAUGGACCAGGGUGGGCGUGCUUUCUGGUGCCUCGACCUGCGGUUUCGCCUUUUUUGGCUAG